UUUUUUAUACAAACAUAAAAGAAACAUGCAUUAUAAAGGGUAUUUAUUAUUUGGCACGCUAUACCUACCUGAUAAGCAGGGUAUUUUUGUUUAAACUUGGGCCCACUGUUUAGUGAGCUUUUACUAACGAUUGUUGUGAAAUUGAAAGAUUGGCAUAUUUUAAAAGCUUCACUUCAUUCAUUUGGCUGAAAGCAGUUGUUUUCUGGUUUUGUUUACUUAGUAAAGAUUUUGGAUAAGGGCGGGUCGGGAAUCAGGAUAAACACAUACGAUGCAAAUGCAAUUCAGCUACACAAAUCUUAGGCAUUUCUGUGAGAUGCCGGUUCCGGGCAUCUACUCUAUCUGAGGCGGUUGUAUUGAAAGUAUCUAGGAUUUUUUUUAUAAUGUUCUACGAUCCCGUCUGCUAUUUCUGCUCUUUGCAAUUUGGCAAGCUACAAAAUCUGGCCAAAGUGCUUGCCAAUAAAGAUGUAAGAUCGUUAAGAAUACCGGAAUCAAGGGAAUACGAUGCGCAGCGCGAGCGAAGAGUUCCGGAAAAGACGCUCGACGAAAUGCAAUAAAUAUACGUAUAUAUGUUCCAUAGCUGGUUUCUUUUAAGCAUUUAUAAUCAACCUUUUUACUCUUUCACUUUACAAGAGUUUGCGAAUAGAAUGUCAGCUUUAGACCAUAGAGACAAAGAGAAAAGACGCAUAAGCAUAUGUGCUCUCUUUAUAUUUAGUAAAGAUUGGUGACUUCGCCAUAUUGCAUCAGAUUUUGUUAAAGCAUUGGAAUGAAUCAUUUGGUAUAUUUUAUUUAGCUUCCUUUACUUGGCCUCAGUUAGAGUUUGGUUCCGCAGCUAUCAUGUCGAACACAUUGCCAAAUUACAACAGUUGGUUGUCCCCACGACAUGCGGAGCGAUUGAAGCGUCUUGGUUAGGGAAGCUUUACAUACACGCUGAGAUUGGAGAAGCGUCCAAUGGUUAUAGCGCUGCAUCUGUUUGCCGAUGACUUGGAUGGACUGAAGCAUUGGCUAGAUAUGAUCUAUGAAGUGGCAGUUCCAGAUUCGUUUGGCAAGCAAAUAGAAUUUCUUGUCGAUGAUAUUUGGGCAGCAUACGUCUUUGAUCUGUUUAACAAAUAUCCUUUUCGGCGCGAUGAUAGUAGUUUCUCCACGCAAUCGCCUCCAUUGAUAUUGGGAGUAAGUGCAGCUGGUGAAGGGCACUUUUUUGGCAGCGCCCAUGGACCGAGCACGCCUAGCCUGGAAAGCCUUCGUGUGUUCUGCACUCAAUUAUUGACCGAUUCACUAGUGCAACAGUUUAGAUUUGAGGAUAAGCGACGCGUGCCGGAUAUAGAGUUGGCAAACUUCAAUGACCUUAUCUACGGGGCACAGCAGGCGGAUAUUGUCCUUGGAUUUAACAGCUCACACAAACUUGGAACGGCUAAAACUGAACAUUUUCUUGAUAAUCUAGAGCGACUGGCUGCCAGAAUGGAACAGGAACAAGUAAAUAUAUUCAAAAUGAAUAUACAUACAAAUAAGGUCCCCAAAAAGUUUAAUUUCGAAGACACUCCUGCAAUGUUCCUGCUACCACGAUACGACAAACAUAAUCCCAUACGCUGCUACCAUUGGGCAUUGGAGAAUGCCCCUACAUGUUGCAGAGCAUGCCGGGGAAGAACUUAAUUUCUAUGAUCGACGCGCAAUACGCAGGCUGCACGCAGA